AUGAGCGAGGUCUUCAAGUGGAUGAGGGGUAUCAAGAGGGUAGAUGUAGGAAAGGUCCUGAAACUAUCAGACCAGAUCAGAGCCCGUAACAGUGGCUAUAGGCUGGAGAAGUUCAGAUUCAGGAAGGAUACAGGAAGUACUGGUUUGGCAACAGGAUACAAUAUUUAUCCCGCCACACUCCAAGUAAUGGGUCAGGCUAACAGCUCAUGCAUUCCAACGUGCUCGUCGAUUGUUGAGGGAACCAUCACACCCAAACAAGCUAAAUUACCCAGGCACCUGGUUGAGCGUGUGUGGCAGGCUCAAAAGUAUAUGAACCCCAUCAACCCCAGCCAGAGCUAUGAAACCCUCUACGUGUGCGAGACACUGGUUACUUCCAUUGGCAACUGCUCCGUCACCUCCUUCGACGACGACAUCAACUCCACCAGUGACACCGCCCCCUCUCUGGCCUGUGACGCCGCAACCAUUUUGUCUAGUGACUCUGCAUCCUUACUGUCCAAUGAUGCCCCAACAAUUUUGUCCAUGCCUUCGCAUUCUCAAUAUCCUAUGACGCCCCAAUCAUUUAGAUCAGUGACUCCGCCCCCUCACCAGUCAGUGACUCCGCCCACUCACCAGUCUGUGACACUGCAACCAUAUUGGCCAAUGACUCCGUCCCCUCACCAGUCAGUGACUCCGCCCACUCACCAGUCUGUGACACUGCAACCAUAUUGGCCAAUGACUCCGCCCCCUCACCAGUCAGUGACUCCGCCCACUCACCAGUCUGUGACACUGCAACCAUAUUGGCCAAUGACUCCGCCCCCUCACCAGUCAGUGACUCAGCCCACUCACCAGUCUGUGACACUGCAACCAUAUUGGCCAAUGACUCCGCCCCCUCACCAGCCAGUGACUCCGCCCACUCACCAGUCUGUGACACUGCAACCAUAUUGGCCAAUGACUUCACCCCCUCACCAGCCAGUGACUCCGGCCACUCACCAGUCUGUGACACUGCAACCAUAUUGGCCAAUGACUCCACCCCCUCACCAGUCAGUGACUCCGCCCACUCACCAGUCUGUGACACUGCAACCAUAUUGGCCAAUGACUCCACCCCCUCACCAGUCAGUGACUCCACCCCCUCACCAGUCUGUGACACUGCAACCAUAUUGGCCAAUGACUCCACCCCCUCACCAGUCAGUGACUCCACCCCCUCACCGGUCAGUGACUCCACCCCCUCACCAGGCAGUGACUCCACCCCUUCACCAGUCAGUGACUCCACCCCUUCACCAGUCAGUGACUCCACCCCCUCACCAGUCAGUGACUCCACCCCUUCACCAGUCAGUGACUCCACCCCUUCACCAGUCUGUGACUCCACCCCUUCACCAGUCAGUGACUCCACCCCCUCACCAGUCAGUGACUCCACCCCCUCACCAGUCAGUGACUCCGCCCACUCACCAGUCUGUGACACUGCAACCAUAUUGGCCAAUGACUCCACCCCUUCACCAGUCAGUGACUCCACCCCCUCACCAGUCAGUGACUCCACCCCCUCACCAGUCAGUGACUCCACCCCCUCACCAGUCAGUGACUCCACCCCCUCACCAGUCAAUGACUCCACCCCCUCACCAGUCAGUGACUCCACCCCCUCACCAGUCAGUGACUCCACCCCCUCACCAGUCAGUGACUCCACCCCCUCACCAGUCUGUGACUCCGCCCCCUCACCGGUCAGUGACUCCGCCCCCUCACCAGUUUGUGACUCCACCCCCUCACCGGUCUGUGACUCUGCCCCGUCACAGGUCUCUGACUCCACCCCCUCACCGGUCUGUGACUCCGCCCCGUCACCGGUCUGUGACUCCGCCCCGUCAUCGGUCUGUGACUCCGCCCCGUCAUCGGUCUGUGACUCCGCCCCGUCAUCGGUCUGUGACUCCGCCCCGUCAUCGGUCUGUGACUCCGCCCCGUCAUCGGUCUCUGACUCCGCCCCCUCACCGGUCUCUGACUCCGCCCCUUCACCAGUCUGUGACUCCGCCCCCUCACCGGUCUCUGACUCCGCCCCGUCACCGGUCUCUGACUCCGCCCCGUCACCGGCCUCUGACUCCGCCCCCUCACCGGUCUGUGACUCCGCCCCCUCACCGGUCUGUGACUCCGCCCCCUCACCGGUCUGUGACUCCGCCCCCUCACCGGUCUGUGACUCCGCCCCCUCACCGGUCUGUGACUCUGCCUCGUCACCGGACUGUGGCGCCGCAUCCAUUUAGUCCAGUGACUCCGCCCCCUCACCAGUCCCUGACACCGCAACCAUUUAGUCCAGUGACUCCGCCCCCUCACCAGUCUGUGACUCUGCCUCGUCACCGGACUGUGGCGCCGCAUCCAUUUAGUCCAGUGACUCCGCCCCUUCACCAGUCCCUGACACCGCAAUUAUUUAGUCCAGUGACUCCUCCCCCUCACCGCGAUGCAAUCAACCUCAUUACCCGGGUCAGCACCACCUUGGCCAGCGAUGCAGCUCCCUUCGCCAGCGAUGCAGCCACCUUGGCCAGCGAUGCAGCCACCUUGGCCAGCGAUGCAGCCACCUUGGCCAGCGAUGCAGCCACCCUGGCCAGCGAUGCAGCUCCCUUCGCCAGCGAUGCAGCCACCUUGGCCAGCGAUGCAGCCACCUUGGCCAGCGAUACAGCCACCCUGGCCAGCGAUACAGCCACCUUGGCCAGCGAUACAGCCACCCUGGCCAGCGAUACAGCCACCUUGGCCAGCGAUGCAGCUCCCUUCGCCAGCGAUGCAGCCACCCUUGCCAGCACUACCUUGGACAGCAAUGCAGCCACCCUGUCCAGUGACUCCGCCCCCUCACCGGUCUAA